UGCUUCUGUUCAGCUACCUUCUUCUCUCACCGUCGGAACCCUAGGUUUCUGAUUUCUCCGCUCCGGCUGCUUUCGGUUCCUUCUCCGGUCUUCCUUUGCCGUCUGAUUGGUCGAGCUUGUGACUCUAUUUUUGUUUGUAUAUACUAAUCGUAAUAUGCCCAAGCAGAGAAGAGACCGAUCUCUAUCUUCUGAUAGGACGAGAGCAUUUCCAUACCCAAGUAGUUCAAGCCGCUCAAGGCAUUCCCUUCAAUUAGAUCAUCUGGAAAACAAUGAAAAUUUAAAAGAAUGGGAAGAAUCAAGAUGCCCUGUUUGCAUGGAGCAUCCACACAAUGCCAUUCUCCUUUUGUGUGCAUCCCAUGACAAAGGCUGCCGACCUUACAUGUGCGACACAAGCUACCGCCACUCCAAUUGUUUUGAUCAGUUCAAGAAAUCAUUCGACAUAAACCCACCAGCUUCUAUUCAUCAAGAUGACAUUACCGUGGCUGCCCCUGUGAUAUCAUCAGGUCAGGGUGCAAGUGCGGGUUCAACAGUUGCACCUGACGUGGCUUGUGAGAGUCACGAAAAGAACAAUAUGUUAUGCCCCUUUUGUAGAGGGAGGGUCAAUGGGUGGCUUGUUAACGAGCCUGCCCGUAAUUUCAUGAAUGCAAAAGCAAGAAGCUGUUCUUGUGAGACAUGUGACUUCAAUGGUACAUAUGCAGACUUGAGGAAGCAUGCGAGGUUAAUCCACCCUUUGGUACGGCCCACAGAGGCGGACCCCGAAAGGCAGCGUAACUGGAGUAUGUUGGAACGGCAGAGAGAUUUUGGAGAUUUGCUAAGCACACUGAAUUCUUCCCUUGGGGACGACGAGAGCGAAGGGAGCGGCACCUUGACCAUUGAUGAUGGAGGAUUGCUAACUGUUUUUCUUUUUGUUAGAAUCCUUCAACCAAGGACCCGUUCUAGGAGCAGCAGCAGCAGGUAUCCCUCAUCCAGGUCCAGAAGUCAAGCCACUUUUAGGAGGCGGCCUUCGAGGAGACUUUGGGGUGAGACCUUUGAUGGUGAAAUGGAGUCCAGAGAUGAUGAUAAUGAAGAUUCUGAUGCUGGGACUGCUACAAGGAGGCAUCAACCAACACCAGAAACUUAGUGGUGUGUGCGGACACGGGGUUUUCUGCCUGGUUUCAUUGAACACUCAAGCUGCAGAACGGAUAGAAUCUGGGGAAACCCUUGAGUUGGAUUUGCACUCCAGUAGUCCUGCUGAGACCUGAUA